GGCUACACUGCUACUCACCCUGCCUCCUCCUGCAAGGAGAUCCUCCAGCUGGCCCCACAGUCUCCCUCGGGUCUCUACUGGAUCAGUGGAACUGACAACAAACCCUGUCAAAUGCACUGUGACAUGGAGAGGAGCUGCAAAGGUGUAGCUGGAGGCUGGAUGAGGGUGGCCUCUAUCGACAUGAACGACACUAGCAGUACCUGUCCGUCUGGUCUGAGGACCCUCACCAGUCCUCGCAGACUGUGUGCUAAG